AUGCCGAGCACAACGACACAGACUACAACUGCGGAUCUCCAAAUAUCCCCUUUCAAGUCAAAUCAGAUCAAAUUAGAUGGCAUCCCAACACCGCCUGAGAUUGACAUUCCCCUUCCGCCUCCAUCAUACAGCCCAACUCAGAUCCUGGACGUUGACCAAGGCACACCGGACAACCAUGUCCCGCGAGAUCCACGGCUCAUUCGAUUGACUGGUGUACACCCUUUUAAUGUUGAGCCCCCCCUCACAGCAUUAUUUAAAGAAGUUGAAACUCCCAUUGUUCUCAAUUUCCGCCAAAUUCUACAGAAUUUCGACCAAAUAACCGCGCCAAUAACGCUAGUUUGUGCCGGAAACAGACGCAAGGAGCAGAACACGGUGCGUAAAUCGAAGGGCUUCUCGUGGGGUCCAGCAGGUCUGUCGACAGCCCUUUUCACAGGGCCCAUGAUGGCCGAUAUCCUGCGAGCAGCGAAGCCGCUGCGCAGGGCUAGGUAUGUGUGUAUGGAGGGGGCAGAUCAAUUGCCAAAUGGAUAUUACGGUACAUCUAUAAAGCUGAAUUGGGCCAUGGAUCCAAACAGGGGAAUCAUGCUCGCCCAUAAGAUGAAUGGAGAAUCCCUCAGACCAGACCACGGGCGUCCCUUGAGGGCCGUUGUGCCGGGACAGAUCGGUGGGCGAAGCGUUAAGUGGUUGAACAGAUUGAUUCUAACGGAGGAACCGAGUGAUAAUUGGUACCACAUCAAUGAUAACAGGGUUUUACCAACGAUGGUUUCUCCGGAGAUGUCUUCACAGGAGCACCAUUGGUGGCAUGAUGAGCGGUAUGCCAUUUACGAUCUGAACGUUAAUUCCGUUGCGGCAUAUCCGCAGCAUGAAGAGACACUGGAUCUUGACACCGCUGAGUCUAUGUACACCGCGAAGGGGUAUGCAUAUGCGGGAGGCGGACGGAGAAUAACGAGGGUUGAGAUAUCUCUGGACAAAGGAAAAACCUGGCGUCUCUCCGAGAUCGAAUACGCAGAAGACAAAUAUCGCGCCUUCGAAGGCGAGCUCUUCGGCGGAAAAGUGGACACAUGGUGGCGUGAGAACUGUUUCUGCUGGUGCUUCUGGUCCCUCGAUAUCCCCAUUCCAGAUCUAUCAGCCAGCAACGCGAUUAUAGUCAGAGCGAUGGACGAAGCACUGACGGCACAGCCACGAGAUAUGUAUUGGUCUGUGCUGGGGAUGAUGAACAACCCGUGGUUCCGAGUUACGAUCACGAAAGAAGGGAAUUGUCUUAAAUUUGAACAUCCAACUCAUCCUGCUAAGGCCGGUGGUUGGAUGGAGAGAGCGAAGAAGACCGGCGGGGAUUUGAUGAACGGAAACUGGGGGGAGCGAAUCGAAGGCGAAGCUCCUGUUGAGCCGGAGCCGAUCAAGGAAAUCAACAUGAAGAAGAAUAAUGUGAGCAGGGAGAUUGAUCUGGAAGAGCUAAAAGCAAAUGUCAGCAACGAGAAGUCCUGGUUUGUGGUUAAUGGAGAGGUAUACGAUGGUACGGGGUUCCUUGAAGGGCAUCCCGGCGGUGCGAGCAGCAUCACUUCAUCUGCGGGAUUGGACGUUUCUGAAGACUUCCUCGCUAUUCACAGUGAAACAGCCAAGGCCAUGAUGCCAGACUACCACAUCGGCACCCUAGACAAAGCAUCCCUCGAAGCACUCAAGAACAGCACCAGCCGAGAUUCAAAUGAACCACGUCCAAAAUUCCUACAAUCACACACAUGGACAAAAGCCAUACUGACAGAGAAAAGAGAUGUGUCCUGGGACACGCGAGUGUUCGUCUUCGAGCUCGAGCACGAAAAGCAAACCCUAGGUCUCCCGAUAGGACAGCACCUGAUGAUCAAAGUCCCUGAUUCCGCAGCCAACAACGAAGCCAUCAUCAGAUCCUACACUCCCAUUUCCGGGACCAGAAUGACAGGGAAAAUGGAGCUUCUCGUCAAGAUCUACUUCGAAACUUCUACAGCGCCAGGUGGGAAGAUGACUCUGGCUCUGGAUAGGCUUUCGUUGGGGACAACGGUUGACUUCAAGGGACCAAUUGGAAGAUUCGAGUACCUAGGCAAUGGCCGAGUUCUCAUCAGUGGGAAAGAGUGCAGAGUGCGCUCGUUCAAGAUAAUCUGCGGUGGGACGGGGAUCACGCCUGUUUUCCAGGUAUUGCGAGCUAUCAUGGAGGACCCUGGUGAUCCGACGGAGUGUGUUAUUCUUGAUGGGAACAGACUGGAAGAAGACAUUCUUUGUCGCUCAGAGCUAGAUGCUUUUGUGGCGGCUGAUCCACGGAAAUGUAUACUUGUGCAUACCUUGACACAGGGCUCCGAAUCUUGGACUGGUCGAAGGGGCCGCAUUUCUGAAGAGUUGCUCAUGGAGUAUGCUACUCCUGAGAAAGACAGUAUGGUUCUUCUCUGUGGUCCUGGUCCGAUGGAAAAGUCUGCGCGGAAUAUUCUUGUCGGCCAGGGCUGGAAAGAGUCCGACCUUCACUUCUUCUAG